AUGACUGACAAAUUCAACUGGGAUAAGGUCCCCAAAGAACUAUACACCAGACUCGGCAAUUCGGGAUUGGAAAUCUCCAAGAUUAUCUUGGGAUGUAUGUCUUACGGUAAUAAGACAUGGUUCCCAUUCAUCCUCGACCAAGAAGACGAGGUGAUGGAGAUGAUGAAGAAAGCUUACGACAGUGGUAUCAGAACAUUUGAUACUGCAUGCAACUACUCCAAUGGUGACUCUGAGAGAUUCAUUGGACUGUUCUUGAAGAAAUACAACAUUGACAGAAGAUCAAUUGUUAUUUUGAGCAAGUGCUACUAUCCAUCAACUGACAACCCAGAAGGGGGAAAUCUGAUCCUGCCUAAUAACGAGCCAGGUCAUGAGUACCGCAACAGAACCGGUCUUUCCAGAAGAAAUAUCAUCGACUCUGUUGAAGGAAGUGUUGAGAGACUGGGCACUCACAUUGACGUUCUCCAGAUUCACCGGUUUGACCCAAACACUCCAAUUGAGGAGACCAUGGAGGCUCUGCACGACGUUGUUAAGUCCGGAAAGGUCCGUUACAUCGGUGCUUCCACCAUGAGGGCUUACCAGUUCGUGCAAAUGCAGUCUGUUGCAGAAGCCAAAGGAUGGACUAAGUUCAUCUCCAUGCAGGGCUACUACUCUCUUCUUUACAGAGAUGAGGAAGACGAAUUGAUUGCUUACUGCAAGAAGACUGGUGUCGGAUUGAUCCCAUGGUCUCCGUUGGCUGGUGGCGUGCUUGCUAGACCUUUGGAUAAGGCCUACAAUUCUACAGAUCGUUCGAGCGAUCCAUUCAUUGCUGCAAUGUACGGUCUUUCCACAUUAAACGAGGGAGACAAGGCAAUCAUCAAUCGUGUCGAGGAGCUCGCCAAGAAAUACAAUGUUUCAAUGGCUGCCAUUUCGUCUGCAUGGUGCAUUGCCAGGCAGCACUACCCGAUUUUGGGACUUUCAAAGCCUUCCAGAAUCGAUGAUGCUUUGCAGGCUAUCAAGAUUAACCUAACAGAAGAGGAGCUUAAGUACUUGGAAGAACCAUACUUGCCAAGAAAACUCCCACACCUUUUCCGUUAA